AUAAGCUCAUAGUGUUGUCUUCUCCUUGUAAAUUGCUUCUUUUGUCUCAGAUUCUCGAUUUGUUCUUGAAAAAAUGGCGGAAUCUGGGUCUUCACAAAAGAAGCCUCGCCCACUUGUGCGCAUUGUGCUUCUUCUCAUGUCCCAUCGUGUCAUUGUCAGUUUCAUUUGCUGUAUUGCUGGAAUUUUUGCUCUUCUACUCUUGCCGAUUCUUGCCAAAAACACUUAUAUAUCGGAAAAUGCGCUCAUGCCAGGUUCCGCAAAUCCCAUGCUUUCUAGUCAAGAUGUCUUGGAUGCCGACAAGCUUGUUACGGAGAUAAUGAGCUUAAGCUUGGAAGGUGAUACAUCAGGCAUUGAAAUUCCAAGGAUAUUAUUGAAGCGUGUGAAAAACCUGGGUGCUGAAGCUAGUCAGUUCCAGUUCUAUCCUCAGCCAAAUAAGUUUCAUCCUUUCCAUUUCUUUUCUAGUGAUGAAAAUGAGCCGGACCAAGAAAACAAUACUCAUAUUUCUCCAGCUGUUAGUACUGUUGGUAUAAUUAGGGCACCGCAUGGCGACGGAAAGGAAGCUAUUAUCCUAGUGACUCCUUAUGAUGCUACGAAGCGUGAUAGUGGUGAAGCUUUAUCGUUAGGUGUAGCAUACUCUAUUUUCUCUUUGCUAACGCAAGUUACCUGGCUGGCAAAGGACAUUAUUUGGGUUGCUGCUGAUUCUCGGUAUGGUGAACACGAAUCAGUUGCUUCCUGGUUGAGGGAAUAUUAUGCUCCAACAUUUCAUAGCUCAGAAAAAUUUCACUCUAAUUUAUGCUAUGCUAGCAACCAUCUUCAUAAAAGUGAGGAGAAUCAGGCUGUAGAUGCAGAGAGCUUUAGACGUGCUGGUACUAUGGCUGCUGCUUUAGUCAUUAAAGUUGUGAACGGAAACAAAGACGCCCAGGACAGUCUUAGUAUCUAUGCUGAGGCUUCCAAUGGUCAAAUGCCAAAUCUUGAUCUCAUAAAUGUUGUGCAUUAUCUGGCAGUACAUCGGCAGGGUCUGCAUGUAAGGGUUGGAAAACUCUUGUCAUUGUUGGAGUCAAAUUUUCUGAGAAUGGUUGGUGGAACAAUUGAGUUUUUAGGAAAUCUGGCUAGAAGCAUAAAUCCGCAAUGGGGCUUUGGUAUUCCUGUUGGCGAAUAUGUUGAAGGCACUGCUACACUUGCAAGUUCACUGUAUGCUCAGGCAUUAGGAGUUCCAACUGGUUCUCAUGGUGCUUUUCGUGAUUACCAAAUUGAUGCUGUGACAUUGGUGAUUUCUCCCAAAACCUCACUUUAUAACCGUGGCAAGCGAAGUGAAUUUUUGUUACGCAGUGGGCGGUUGGUUGAAGGCAUUAUUAGGUCAGUGAACAACCUACUCGAGAAGUUUCACCAGUCAUUCUUUCUCUACCUUCUAACAGGGCCCAGCAAGUUCGUAUCUGUAGGAGUUUACAUGAUCGCUUUUGCACUCCUUAUCGCACCACUACCGAUUGUUGCUGCUUCUCUUUAUUCUGAUGCUAUCGAUAGUCCUCCAAUUUCUGAUAUGGUAAAAUCUUCCGGAAGCUCCAACUCGUCUGCUGCACUGGUCAUUCCUGUAACUUCAUGGAGGUGGCUUCACGCAGCCAAAACUGUGUUUGUUAUUCAUAUAUGGGCAGUUGUUGUAGCAUUACUUCCCUAUCUCAUUUGUCAAAUACCCAACAGCACAUCAACUACUUGCAGCAUUUCCUGGAUUUUACUGUCGUUAUUUACCCUUCACAUCUUCUACAUGGUCUUGGGUUCCCCUUAUUCCAGCUUUAAGUCACCUCACCUUCAUAACAAAGAAUGGGGUAUCUUGAAAGCUGUGAUGAUCGCAGCUGCUUUUAUUGGAUUGUCUCUCAUGUCUGUAGUGAACUUUGCAGCUGCUGAAAUUGGGGCAUUGUUGUUAGUGCCAUUUUGUUUGAUGGCUCAGCCCUUAAGACUAGAUCUGCAAGACCGGAGUGUGAAAGCUUUCUCCAGAAUUGUUUGCAAUGUUGUCUUAGGACUGUCCUUGUUUCCGCCUUUUGCUUUCUUUGUGAUGAAAGGUGUAUCAGAAGGAUUCAGUAACGUCAACGUCGGUGAGUUUUGGACGUGGGUUGAGUCUCUUUGGUUAUGGAACAGUGCGACGUACCUAUACGUGGUGUUGGUGCACCUUCCUUGCUGGGUGUUGUGUAUUCAUAUCUUAUUACAUCCGUGUUGAUUCUCGCUGUAAUAUUUUCCAGACUUGUUAACAUGCUAUUUAGGGCCAAGUUUUGUGCCAGUUUUAACUAUAAUGUUGUAUACAGUGGCUUAGAAGUGCUUCAAACUCGCUUCAAAAGGUUGUAGUUUUAGAAUCCUGCUAACAGGUGUUAUACCAUCUUUUUCAUCUUAGAA